AUGGCGAAUCACGGCACGAAUUGGACCGCUCUAGGUUUUGCCUACACCGAAUCCAAUAAUAGCGGUGGCGGUGGCCGCGGUGAUGGCGGUGGCCACGGUGAUAGCGGCGGCUGCGGUAACGGUGGUGGCCGCGGAAAUGGCAAUGGUGGCGGAAACGGCGACGAAACAUCGGGUGUCACAAACAAUGGCAGUUAUUUCAAUAUAGGCGGCAAUGACCAAGAGGGUUCCUCAUACUCCCUCAAGGUCAAUAUUCCUAAGAUGAAUGGGAAUAACUAUAAUGAAUGGGCCCAGACAGUUCGCUUGGUAUUGGAUAGCAAAGGGAAGUUGGGUUUUUUAACUGGAGCAGUAGCUGAACCGGCAGUAGGAGACCCUCUUUACCAACAAUGGAAAUCUGAAAACUCCUUGAUUAUUGCGUGGUUGGUAAGCUCUAUGGAAACUGGAAUAGGUAAGCCUUAUAUGUUUUUGCCUUCUGCAAAGGAUGUAUGGGAAGCUGUUAAGGAAACAUACUCUGAUAUUCAAAACUCUUCCCAAAUUUUUGGUUUAAAAUCAAAGUUAUGGCAUGCGAAACAAGGGGACAUGAAUGUUACUGCUUAUUACAAUGAGUUGUUGACCCUUUGGCAAGAGUUGGAUCUAUGUUAUGAUGACAAUUGGAGGUGUACAGAAGAUAGUGUUUUGUUUCUCAAAAGACAAGAAAAUGAUCGCGUCUUCAUGUUUCUCGCUGGGCUCAAUAAAGACCUUGAUGAGGUAAGAGGUAGAGUUUUAGGAAAAAUACCAUUGCCAACUCUUCGUGAAACUUUUGCAGAAAUAAGAAGGGAGGAGGCACGACAAGGUAUUAUGAUGGGCAAAACACCACGAAGCUCUGAAUCUGAAGGCUCAGCUUUGGCUACUAGGAACCUUGACGAGGAAAAAAGGGUAGACAAAGUUCCUUGGUGUGACCACUGUAAGCGUGAAUGGCAUACACGUGAAACCUGUUGGAAGCUCAAAGGGAAACCUCCUAACUGGAAGAAGAAAGGUGGUCGUGCAUUUCAGGCUAGUAAUUCUGAUCAAGGGCAGCAAAUUUCUUCACCGCAGCUUCCACUCACUACAGAACAACUAGACAGACUGUACAAACUCCUCGAGUCUCCAACUCCUUCUUGCUCUAUAGCAACAAAAGGUAACCAAAAAAUAAAAAUUGCAGAUGGCUCUUUUUCAGCCAUUGCAGGAUUUGAACUCGGGGAAGAUGAUUGA